AUUUUCAAGUGAUUUGUGUGAGGAACUAGUGGUAAUCAGAGGCAGGAUUUGAACUCUUGUCUUUCCUGACUACACAACUCUUUACACCAUAGGGUGCAGUCUCAUGGUUUCUAGUGAGUAAUAAAGGCCUUUAUUUGGAAAUGAAAUGCAUGCCCAAUAUAAACUGCUGCUCUGCUGUGCAGGAAUGUAAGGAGACUUUUGUUUUAGGGUUCAGGUGCCCAGAAGCUGAAUUGUAAAGAAUUAACUUGUCCCUUGGGAUACUAAAGUGGGAAGCACAAGCAGAUGUGGCACCUUUGGGCAUCGGGUGCUUCCUGUGAGUUUCUCUUGAUGCAGACUAUCUUUCAUUUUGCAACUUCAUUUAAAGGUUUUAGAUUGAAUUGAAAAGUCAUCACAUCUUCCCGCCGAGUUUAAUGGAGAACUUUCCAGCCCUUGCUGCCCACAAUCUCCUAACUUUAAAAAAUGGAGCAACCCAUCUUCAGCACUCGUGCUCAUGUCUUCCAGAUUGACCCAAACACCAAGAAGAACUGGGUUCCCACCAGCAAGCAUGCAGUAACAGUGUCCUACUUCUACGACAGCACAAGAAAUGUGUAUAGAAUAAUCAGUUUAGAUGGCUCAAAGGCAAUAAUAAAUAGCACCAUCACCCCAAACAUGACAUUUACUAAAACAUCUCAGAAGUUUGGCCAGUGGGCAGACAGCAGGGCAAACACUGUUUAUGGUUUGGGAUUCUCUUCUGAGCACCAUCUUACGAAAUUUUCUUCAUGCCUUCAGUUUGCAGAAAAGUUUCAGGAAUUCAAAGAAGCUGCUCGACUCGCAAAGGAGAAAUCCCAAGAGAAGAUGGAGCUCACAAGUACGCCUUCCCAGGAAUCAGCAGGAGGGGAUCUUCAGUCUCCUUUAACACCAGAAAGUAUUAAUGGGACAGAUGAUGAAAGAACUCAUGAAGUGACACAAAACUCAGAGCCAAGGGCUGAACCAACCCAGAAUGCAUUGCCAUUUUCACAUAGGAAAAAUAUUUUUAAAGGUGCUCUUGUGCUUCCAAAUCAGACUGGGCAUGGGAAAGCCAUAGUACGCUCAGCAAUCAGCAAACACUGGGAAGCUGAACUGGCCACACUCAAAGGUAACAAUGCCAAGCUCACAGCAGCAUUGUUGGAGUCCACUGCCAAUGUCAAACAAUGGAAACAGCAACUUGCCGCCUAUCAGGAGGAAGCCGAGCGCCUACACAAGCGGAAAGACGAAGACACAUUUAUCCCAUUCAAAGAUGAUGAAGCUAGGGGAAUACAAAGAACAGAAGAGAAGAUUGUACAUGAAACAACUUCUCUUGCCUACAGUUUUGUGACUGAACUGGAGUGUGUGAGCAGCCAAGCAAAUGCGGUCCAUACCCACAAGGCUGAGCUAAAUCAGACCAUCCAGGAACUAGAGGAAACGCUGAAGAAGAAGGAGGAGGAAAUAGAAAAACUGAAACAAGAAAUUGAUAAUGCCAGAGAGCUACAGGAACAGAGGGACUCAUUGACUCAGAAACUACAGGAUGUAGAAAUUCGAAACAAAGACCUUGAAGGACAACUCUCUGAUCUAGAGCAGCGCCUGGAGAAAAGUCAGAAUGAGCAAGAAGCUUUUCGCAAUAAUUUGAAGACACUUUUAGAAAUUCUUGAUGGGAAAAUAUUCGAACUAACAGAAUUACGAGAUAACCUGGCCAAGCUCCUAGAGUGCAGCUAAAGGACCUGGGAUUUCAGUGCUGAUCCUUUGAAAGAUGCGCUGUCUCUUCUUCAUAGGACUACCUUGGGCUCUGCAUCAAAGUUGCACAAAAUUAGGAUAUCACUCCUCCACGAGGAGGACCUACUUGCAAAUUGGAAUAGGAUAUUUCAGUGUAAAAUUUAGAAUUCAGCUUGUAGCUAGUUAAAAACAAAAUGAAAAACUUGAACUACAAAUUACCUCCUUGUACAUUAUUGGCCAUAGUUAACUAGAAAGCUAUUAAUAGUCAUUUGAUGCAAUCCUUUUCUGAUAUUAGCCAGUGGGAGAAUUAGCCGUGUCUGGGUCACAUCCCCUGCCCUUUUUUUUUUUGGUUGUUCUUUUAGACACAGUUGUAGAUUAUCUGCUUUUUAAAUUUAUUUAUUUAAAAUAUCUAACUGCUGUGUUUUGUGCAAAAAAAAGCCCCCAAAACUUAGUGAUGAAAGCCCUGUGUUUUUUUUUUGUUUGUUUGUUUUUGUUGUUGUUGUUGUAAUCUUAAUGAUUUCUCAGGAUACUUUGCACUGUUGCAAGGCAGUGUCUUUACCAAUUAAUUCUUGCCAGGAGUGAGAGCGAAAUGCAUCUUUAAUUGAAACACAGAUAAUAUAACUGCUUGUAUAGAAUUCUUCCCUUUUUUUAUACUGGAAGAGAUUUCACUCUUGUUCACUCUGGUGUUCUAUGAUACUGUCCAGUGUAUGGUUUACUUUUCCAUAUUGAUUCCAUGUAUUUAGGAUAAGAUACUGUCUCCCAUUUUAUUACACAUUUUAAAGCCAACAAAUGAAGGCAGCUGAGUCCCUCAGAAAAAAUUUCUUUUUAAAUUUCUGAUAAAUUUGACAUACUGUACUGAAAUAUAACACCCGGCCAUCGAUGGUCUGGUCUAGCAAUGUUAAGGAUAUUUACAAAAUAUGCAGUUACAUUAAGAUGUUUUAUUUAUAUAUUUUGCAAGAAAUAUUUUCUGAAUGAUCAAUGCAUUUCAAUUUUAAGUGUAAUAGUGGCGAAUGGGGAACUAAUAACUCUGUUUAUUAUAGCUCAUUUUAAGGAUGUAUAGCUGUUUUAAAGGGGAUACAUUUAUGUUGAACUUGCCCGACCAAGAGAACUGUUUCUCGCUGCUGUGAUAAUAGCAAAUUGAGAUAGAGACAGGUUUACUCUGUCUGGGUCUUCACACCACAUCUGUAUCCAAACCACACUAGGCAAUAUUUUGAACUGUUAACUAGGUGUUUCAACACAGGAAUCGAGUUCACAAGGCUCUGCCCAGUGAACAGGUUUUAAAGUUGUUUUGAUGUAAUUUUAAAAAGAUUUUUGGCAAACCUGCAUUUCUUUAUAUGAUAUAUUUAUUUUAAGAAAAUCUUUGAAAGGUAAGCCAAGUGUCAUUUUGUCUGCUUACUGAGUAGGAAUUGCAUCAAACUCCAUCCUCGCUGUAAAAUACCUAUAACGUUGGAGAGGAUCUUUUUUUAAAAUGGAUGAAUGAGUGUCUGACUCUCAAGAUUUGUCUCAAGAGGCACUGAUUUUUCAUGUGCAUCCUGCAGCAAUUGAAACAUUACACAAAGUUAAGAGAGUGAAUAAAUUUGUACCACAGACCGCAUUUUCCACUUCAUGGACAGAUAACUCCAUACUAGAACAUGUGGGUCUGUUUAUAUGUAUGUGUGUAUGUUUCUGAUGCAUACACGUUACUUUAUACUAGAAAGAGUAUAAACACCCAAAGGGUUUAUUUAUACGAUUAUACUUUAACGGUAAGUUAUCGGGUGUCUCCUGAAAACUUCCCAUCAGACCCUCAGUCAUCCUGUAUUAUAUGUGCUCAAACAUCCUGUAAGUCGCCUUCAUCUAUUUUAGGCUAUUUUCUCACCUCUUAUUCUGGGGAGAACAAUAUAGCUAAAUUGCUCAGAGCUGAGAGAUUUCUAUGGUAAGUCACAUAGUUAGUUUUAUUGGAUGGCUGGAAUUGAGAAGUAGAAGAUGUCAUGGUACCCGCGAGUCCCCAAGGGACAAAGAGCCCUGAGAUUAUUCAUUUAAAUGGAGGUUUCGACUUGGGGAUGAGGGAAUUUAGUCAUAAUGAAAUAAAAUUAUGUAAGUUGAUGGCAUGGCAAGUGAAUUAUCAUUUUAAUGAUGUAAUAAUUAAAAUAUUUUUACAAUUUGACAUAAGUGUCAUUUAAAUGUGGGAAAAUAAUAGUUCACUAAAAUGUCUCCACUUGAAUUGUAAAAUUAAUAUGUGAGACAUGUGUCAUUCAAUAUAUACAUAUAAGCAUAUGUAUAUACACAGAAAAUUAUUUUUAAUAUUUUCCUACUGAAAUGAAAUUUGAAAUUGGAAAUUUUUUGAGAUUUUUUUCCUUGUCCCAUAGAGGAUAGUUUUUGGUUUUUUAGAGAUUAUCUACCUAUUGAAGGCUGCACCUUUUAAAUUCCCAGAUUGUCCCAAGACAUGUACAUUAUAGGGGAUAAGGUGGAUAUAAGUGCACAUAUAAAUAAAAUCUUAUUGUUAUGAAUAUUUUCAAUGUUCAUGUAAAGCAGGUGAGUGUCUGGAAAUUGUCAUCUGCGGGUCCUAAUUAGCUUGUGUGCCUCUUGUAGGCCCUCCAUUUCUGUAUCAUGAUGAAAAUGAACAUUUACAUAUUUGAGAAACUAAUUUUUCCCAGAGAAAAGUACUACAUAGUGUACCUAUAUUUAGAUCCAACUGUGGAGACACAGUCAUAUACAUAUUUGCCAGAAGAUAACCACAGAGUGGGGAUAUGGAACGACACGGGGUAGGGGUGGGGGUGGGAUAGGGGCCAGAGCAAUCACAUCAUGUAUAACUUGUUAUAUGAGAAUCAUAGAGUCUUGUUAAAAAUUUUUUGGAAAAAAAAACAAGAAAAACAAAAAUACAAUUUUUAUUUUGAAAUACACUUGCUGUUCUCUGGAGAAUGUACUUUUUCUCUUUAUUUUUCUUUUCUCAAAUCUUUUACAGGUAUUUAAAAAGUGUCUAAGUGAUGGCAGCAUUUACUUAAAUCUUACAGGUGCUACUGGAUUUUGCAUUAGUGUGUUAUGUUGUGAAAUCCUGACUUUGACAUAAAAGGUUUUAUAAGUAUUUCCCUGCGUGGAAAAUUAGUUUUUGACCUGUCCCCCCCUCCCGCUCUCUUGCUCUCUCUCUCUCUCUCACUCGCUCUCUCUCUCUCUCUCUCUCUCUCUCUCUCUCUCUCUCUCUCUCUCUCUCUUCUCUCUCUCUCUCUCUCUCUCUCUCUCUCUCUCUCUCUCUCUCUCUCUCUCUCGCUCUCUUUCUCUCUCUCUCUCGCUCUCUCGCUCUCUUCCCCCCCCCACCUUGGAAGUUGCAUUUCUCUUGGCCCAUUAGAAGAAUUCUAGGACCCUCUUAUCCUUACUGCCUUGCUAUUGUUUAACUUGCCAAAAGGAGAUAAAAAUGAUCUUGGAUUUAGAGAACUUUAGAGCUCAAAGUGGCCUUAGAUACUAUUAAUCUAAAUGAUAAAGAUGUUUACAGGUAGACCUAAGGGGAUAGGUCCCCUGACAAAACUAAGCCACAUAUUUAAACUCAUUUCUUUAUCCAGGAAAAAAUAAAAUCUAUUCUUCACCA